UAAAACCUUUCAAAUUCUUUAUGUGCUGUCAUUUACAUAAGGUAGAAAAUCAUGUCAUAAUUCUGUAUUUUAUUAUGUGUGGGGUAUUUUAUUAAGUGUGGGGCUGAAAGGGUUUUACGAUAUUUCACUAGUGCUAGCUAAUGCUAACGUAGCAUUUAGUGUCCAUACAAAAGUAAUCGAGACAAAAUGUCAGAAAAUUGACUGGCGUGUGUGGCAGCGUUGUCGGUUUUUUGACAUGAACUGAGCGGUCCACGAUGAAAGAGUGGUGGCUCCACGUCGGCUUGAUGUGCAUCCCGCUGCUGGCCGUCUACCUGCACAUCCCGCCGCCUCAGCUGUCGGCUCCUUUGCUCAAGUGGCACAACGCCGGCAGAGGCUUCAACUUCAGGGGCAGCGAGAUUUUUUACAGAGACUCUCAUGGUGCCUUGGGAAGCUCCGACGUCGUUCUUCUCCUCCACGGCUUUCCCACCUCCAGCUACGACUGGCACAAGAUUUGGGAGCCGCUCACCCAACGCUUCAACCGCGUCAUAGCACUGGACUUCUUGGGCUUUGGCUUCAGCGACAAGCCCCGACCACACAGGUACUCCAUCUUCGAGCAGGCUAGUGUGGUGGAGGCGCUGGUGGCGCACCUGGGCCUGGCCAACCAGCGCAUCAACUUGCUGUCACAUGACUACGGUGACACGGUGGCGCUGGAGCUGCUCCACAGGAGUGACCAAAACCGCACGGGUCACCUGAACAUCAACAGCCUGUGUCUCUCAAAUGGAGGUUUGUUUCCCGAAGCCCACCACCCUCGUUUGCUGCAGAUGCUACUUAAGGACUCCACGUUCCUGGCUCCCGUCCUCAUGCGGCUCACCAACUACAUGAUCUUCCAGAAGGGGAUUGGGGAGGUUUUCGGGCCGUACACGCAGCCGACCGAUGCAGAGUUCUGGGACAUGUGGACCGGUCUCCGCUACAAUGAUGGCAACCUUGUGUUGGACAGUGUUCUACAGUACAUCAACCAGAGGUUAAAGCACAGAGAGCGGUGGGUCGGCGCGCUCACGUCCACCUUUGUGCCACUGCACCUGAUCUACGGCCCGCUCGACCCGGUCAACCCCCACCCCCAUUUCAUCCGCCUUUACCAGCAGCUGGUGCAGAGGUCGACCGUCAGCGUGUUGGACGAGCACAUCGGUCACUACCCGCAGCUGGAAGAUCCCGCGGGCUUCCUCAAGGCUUAUUUUAACUUUAUUCACUCGUUCUGAACUUGACUGACACGCAGAGUGAGCCGAGAGCUUAAUGAGCAAAUAAAUAGUUUUCUACAAAAAAAAAAAAAAAAGGUCAGUU